AUGACUUACGUAUCUCCUGAAGAUUUUAUCACCCUUCUUGCCUUGUUGUGCAGUGAAACUCGGUACAAGAUCGUUCAGAGAAAAGGUCGAGUAAAAGGAGGCGUGUUUGCAGGCUUAGGAGCGACGGUCGGUGGCGUCUGUAGUGGACCCGUGGGAGCUGUAAUCGGAGGACUUGUCGGAGGGACUGUUGGAACGUGGACUGCGAAACAAACCGAGAUCAGCCUGGAGCAGUUUCUGAUUGAUAUGAAUAAGGAACAGAGGGAGGACUUGUUCAGAUACAUGCGGUAUCUUGCUGAUGACAGUAAAGCAAAAAGUUUUGUGGGCUUGAACGCGGAAGUAGCGACAAACUGGAUGUUGAAGAGGAGAUAUAUGGACGUGUUUUUGUGCUACCUUAAGAACGAAUUGAAACUUACUGUCGUAGAAUAA